AUGGAAGCCCGCAAAGCCCCAGAGUUCAUGCUGGAACUGUCUGCGGACAGGACGAACGUUAAGGACGUUGUGAAGGGCAUCUGCCAUAUCAUCUUCUUUCAGCGGUACUUUCAACCGCUUACACCAGCCACUCACGACGUCCUUGACGUUACGCUCCCCUACGUAAGCGAAGAGGACAUCGAGUCGCUCAUCGAGCGCCGGACAACCGAUCUUGUCCGUGCGCUCGAUGUAGCCUCGACCCAGCAGUCACCGCAGUAUAGCGCCAAACCGGGUUCAGGUCGUGGAGUGCUUAUCGUCCAGUUCUUGGAGAAGAAGCGUCGGAAGGGAGGCUUCUUCUUCGCCAAGGCGGACGAGGAGACGGUGUGGGAGAACUGGAUCGUUGACGUGUCAUUAACGAGUGCACGGAGCGAGACCGAGGCGGGUAGGAACCGGCAUGUGAUGGAAGAUCAACUGCAGCAAGCUGCGAUGAAGGUGGUUGCGCUCGCAAACCGGGAGAAGGCGCAUAUCCCGCCCAUUACGACGAACGAUACCAAUCCAUUCCCGUAUCAGAUACUAGUCAAUCCGCGGACGGAUGGAUGGGGACAGAAGUUAGGCAUUUUCUAA